CUAGGUCCUGUAAGCAAUUGUAAAGCUCUUCUUGCACCUCUACAGCUUUCACAGUCAAGUCUGAUUGUGUAACAUAGCAGUUUGAAGAUCUGUAAGCAUGUCUGGAAGAGGUAAAGGCGGUAAAGGACUCGGGAAAGGAGGCGCUAAGCGGCACCGUAAAGUCCUGCGGGAUAACAUCCAGGGCAUCACCAAACCCGCCAUCCGUCGUCUCGCUCGCCGCGGCGGAGUCAAGCGUAUCUCCGGUCUGAUCUACGAGGAGACCCGCGGUGUGCUGAAGGUGUUCCUGGAGAACGUGAUCCGCGAUGCCGUUACCUACACCGAGCACGCCAAGAGAAAGACCGUCACCGCCAUGGACGUCGUGUACGCGCUGAAACGACAGGGACGCACUCUGUACGGCUUCGGAGGAUAAACACGUCCGUGUUGCCAUAGAAACCCAACGGCUCUUUUAAGAGCCAC